AAUACUCUCUCUCUAUCAUAACUCUGCUUCCGCACUCUCUCUCUCUCUCUCAAAAGUCCUGCCCUUUUCUUCCCCCCUCUCUCUAGGUUGCGGUUACUGAAUUUGAUCUCUCUCUCUCACUCAAUAAAGUUAAUUUCCUGAGAAUAUGGAUGUUCAAGGCCACAAGAUCACUGCCACUUCUGCCGGGCAUGAGGGCCACGGGGUGCACCAUUGCCACAAAUGUGGAUGGCCUUUUCCAAAUCCACAUCCUAGUUCUAAACACAGAAGAGCUCACAAAAGGGUUUGUGGAACAAUUGAAGGCUACAAAAUCAUUCACUCAGAAGACCAUGAUAAGUAUUUGGCCUUUUCAGAUGAUGACCAUGCCUCUGAUGAUGAUGAGCAUCAGAGCCCAGGUCCAGAUAUUGUGAAGAGAAAUGCUUUCAUCAGUGGCGGAGUAGGUGCGAAGUCGAACAAAUCAGAAGAUGACGUGUUUUCUGAUGCACCAAUGGAGUUUUCAGACAGUGGUAUUAGUCCUCAGUUAGAGGCACCCAUUGAGAACGUAGGAGAAAUGGGCAAGAGUUUGGAGCAUAAGGGGUUGGAAGGUGGUGUUUACGGGAGUGGAGUUUUGGGGAUCAAGGAAGCUGCUGAAACAAUUGAACAACCCAAUGAUGCAACAAGUGAGGAAAUUAGAAAACCCAGACCCCUCUCAAACGGAAGUAGCCAGCUAGACAAUGCCAUGCCAAUAACAGAUACUGCUGCAGAAACGGUUUCUGUUGGACAUUCAAAUGAUUCACAGCCUGAACGUGGUCUUCAAGGUGAGAUACUACAUGGACCUGAUACCAAUAUUCAAGUACAGGACAAUGGCUCAGCUUCUGUUUCUUUGGACCCUGAAGAACAUAAAGUUCUGGACCAAACAAUAGCAGCAGGUAAAAGUAAAGAUGAAUCGUGUGAUAAGUUUAUUUCUGAAGGGGCCAAAGAUGAUUCCACCCCUAUAUCUGAAUCUCUUCAAAUGGAUGCUCCUGAUGCGGUUAAUAGUGUGGUCCAUUCUGUCGAAAAAAGUACCUCCAUCCUAACUUCCGAGGUUGCCCUUGUGGAUGAGACUCGUAAAAGCGUAGAUGCUUCUGCUUUGGAGAAAGAGCUCUCUCAUUCUAGUGAGGUGGAGAAAGAGCUCUCUCAUUCUACUGAGGCUGCCCUUGUGGAUGAGAUUCGUAAAAGCAUAGAUGCUUCUGCUUUGGAGAAAGAGCUCUCUCAUUCUAGUGAGGUGGAGAAAGAGCUCUCUCAUUCUACUGAGGCUGCCCUUAUGGAUGAGACUCGUAAAGGCAUAGAUGCCUCUGCUGUGGAGAAAGAGCUCUCUCAUUCUACUGAAGACAUUGGGUCCAGUAAAUCUGUUUAUGGAAGUACUUUACCUGAGGAAAGUCUGUUGAAUGCGUCUUUGGUUGAGCCUAACGAGAGCACAAAAGCUUUAGAUGUUACUGAGCACUCUGAUGUGGCUUGUACUGUCUCCUCAAUUGACAAAGAAGAGAUGCUGAAAACCGCCUCAGAUGCAAGUGAUGUAGAGAAGUCUGACAUGACCAGUGGUUAUGAAUGUCAAAACCAAAGCCUGGAAUCUAAGCACUUGAAUUCUCUUGAAGCAAAUUCCACCCCUGGCUCCACAGUUCAUGCUGUUCCAUGUGAAGAUACUACAAAUUUGAAAACUGGGAGCCAAAAGGGUGAAGGAGUUUCUGCAGAAGUAGAAGUGAUCCCUGAUUCUACACUGCCUUCAGAAAAACUGACUGACCUUCCAAGUUCAUGUGUAGCUGAUGGUUAUGCAAAAAGUUCACAAGAACUAUCGGAAAACAAUUCCAGUUCAUUGGAAUUCAAUGAUGAUGGUUUUGAGAAUUCCAUUAGAGGAGAUGGUGCAGAUGGUCCCUCUGGAGCAGAUUCUGAGGCGAAUGAAAUUGGUGACAAGAGUUCCUCCGCUGAACACCCAGUGUUGCCAGUAACUUCACAGAUGCAGAAUAAUGUUCAUGGGGCGACGAAUGUUGUUGAAGUUGAGCCUCUAGAUGUUUCUGAAUCUGUUACCAAAAUAGAAGAUGGUAAUGCAGUUUUAGUGUCAGGUUCUGAGGCAAAUGAAAUUGGCGACAGGAGUUCCUCACUAAUUUCCUCGGUGGAAAACCCCGUGUCACUAUUAACUUCAGAGCUGCAGAAUAAUGUUCAUGCGGCAACAAAUGUUGUUCAAGUUGAGCCUGUAGAUGUUGCUGAAACUGUUAGCAAAUUAGAUGAUAAUGCAGUUUCAGUAUCAGCAGAAACCCCUGAACACUCCAUUUCAACAGAAUCUACACUGCCACUCUCUGAUUCAGUUUUGUUGAGGGAAACUGGUGAAGGGAAUUCCUCACUGAAUUCCUCGGUGGAACACCCCGUGCCCCUAUUAACUUCAGAGCUGCAGAAUAAUGUUCAUGCAUCAACGAAUGUUGUUAAUGUUGAGCCUUUAGAUGUUGCUGAAACUGUUAGCAAAGUACAAGAUGAUAAUGCAUUUUCAGUAUCAGCGGAAACACCCGUACACUCCAUUUCAACAGAAUCUACACUGCUACUCUCUGCCAAAGAUGGUACCUGUGACGAAGAAGACUUUAAGGCAUCAGAAGCAAUCACCAAAACUGAAGUAACUUCUGAAGAUCAUGAAAGCAAUGUUGGAUCGAGGGAAAUUUCAGAAAGCCCUUCCCCAAGUGUGCAAGGAACUUUCCCUGCAAGCACAUGUUUGAAUGUUACUUCAUCGGAUGUUAAGCAGAUGCAUUCAAAUGAUGAUCUUAGCACAUUGAAGUCUGUUAACACUAUUCUUAGUGCUGAAAAUUCUUUUGAUGACAAGGUUUUAAAAUCAGAGGAAUGUUUCGGGUCUUCUGAAGCUACAAGUUUAAAACAACCAGUACCUUCAGCUUCAGAUGUUGAAGAAUUUCAUGGAACUUCUGAUACAGUUGAUGAUAAGUCUGUUGUUAUUGUUGAAGAUGUCACUAGGGUCGAUGCAAAGUAUGUGAAUACUGAAGCUGAAUGCAAGCCUGCUAAGCAAAUGGAUGAUGCAUUUGCAGUUGAUGUAUCCAGUAGUUUAGCUAGCCCGUCUGACAGUCUGGAAGCGAACUGUGGAUCAGUAGUUUCAGAUACAUUCGAAACAAAUUCUCAGAAGCACAAAACCCGUUCCAGCAAAUCAGAUACAUUUGAGCCUCCAUCUUUCAUGACUUUGGUUCAAUCUGGGAGUGAAGUAGAUCAGGCUACUGCAGCUACAGAGAUUGAGACAGCGCAGAACAAUCAGCAACAGAGAUCUGAUGCUCUUGAAGCCGUCUGGUUCCCUUCUCUAACAAAUGUAGUCAAUGAAUCCGAAGGCAGAAAGAAAAAUGAGGAAAUGAUAGCCAAAGUUACAAACUGGAGCCCAGUGAAGCAGCAGUCCAGUCCUUUGAAAAGCCUUCUAAACGAAGUCAAGUCACCUAACACGAAACAAGUGCCCGUUGCAAAUCAGAAAGUUGAGGCUGAGACUGAAGACGACAAUGUGGGUAAAGUUGUUGCUUCAGAAACACACAAAACCAAGGAUCCGGAUACCAACAAGCACCUUGAGGAGUGGAACUCUCCUGCAAGAUACCCGAUUGAGAUCAAGAAAGAAAAGAAGAAAGGACGACCGUUUUGGGUUCCAUUUGUAUGCUGCUCUUCUGCACAUAGGGACCUAUGAUCCCUUAAUCCUUUCUCUAUGUUUGUUGAGUGUGUGUUUUCACAAUUAUGUAUGGAUUGUAGUUAUCCAAACUGUGGUGUGAGGAACAGUGUGGUAUAUAACUGUGGGUGUGAUUUAUUGUGUAAGCCUGCAUUUGAGAUGGCUUUGUUGUAUGUAACUCGAAAUUUAUGUUUUUUUUGCCUUGGA